AAGGGAGUUUAUCUUAUGAUUUAAAAAGCGUACAUCCGCCUGUGGUAUCAGUCCCACAUGCGGUCUACCGUACGAAAUAGUUUGGAUCUCGUAACUCUUUUUGAAAACUAAUCAUAAAUUUGUAGCAUUUUAAACGAAACAGGAGGCCUAAUCUAGCGUGUUCACGCAUACUGACCCUAUUGAGAAAUCAAGUGUUGAAAAUGAAAGAAUUCUUGUUUUUUACAUUGCUUAUUUUGGUCUUCAACAGCUAUUCAGAUGCUCGAAGAUCCGGGGGUGGUGGUAGAAUUAGGUAUCCAACUAAAGUUAGGUAUGCUCCAACGUCCUACUAUCGAAACAGAGUUACCGAUUCAGUUUUCAAAUGUUAUUCAUGCGACGACGCUCAUUUUUGCGCCAUCAACCCAAAAGUAUAUGCCAAGGCAGUCCUUUGUCCAAAGGGUCACCUGUGCAGCGUUAUUCGCACAGAAAUACCAGUUGUCAAUUUCACGAAAUCGGAUGGAGUCAAAAGUUCAGGGACAAAAACAGCAAGUCAGUCAUCAACAUCUGCCAGCCUAGUAUCCAUUUGGCGAGGUUGCAAAUCCCCCGACUCCGAGGAGCUGACGCACAACUUAGGCGAUUACACGAUCCACAAGCAUUACUGUGCGAAAGAUUUGUGCAAUCACGGUGACGGACUUCUCAAAUGCUACGAGUGUAAUGGCAUGGGCAUCAACGACAAAUGCAUGGUAAAUCCCUCAGCCGUUUCAAGACAGGUGAUUUGUGGUCCAAACGAGGCUUGUUACGUGGAACGAUCGACGCUAGACCAGGAUUCCCUAGUUCCAUCUAACGGCGAACAAUGGGUUUCACGAGGUUGCAUCGUUUCAGAUGCCGUUGGAUUAAUGAAAUAUGGAUCAAACGAAAGCGUCCAUCUGUUUUGUCGAAUCGGUGAUUUGUGCAACAGAAUGGAUGCCCUAAAGAUCGCAGUUGAUUCUACUUCAGAAUUGCGUAGUUCAUUAACAAGUCUCGGUCUGACCUUCCUUUUGACUCUGCUCUUAUGUUUCUAAGCCGAUGGAUUCUCAGUUGAAAAGUACUGAAAUUUGCCUGGAAAAGAAGAAGAAAAUGGAACAUGAGAAGGAUGGGGCACAUCGGAGAUUUUAAAGAAAUAAUUCACUUAUCCGUUAUUUUUGCUGAUAUUUUUCUGAAUUUAAAUAGGUUCUAUAUUUUGUUUUUAUACGUAAUUUUUCUAGUCAAAAUGAUCAGAAAUUUCCCUUGGUCAAUUAACAAAAAUCCUUGAAAUAUCACACUGGCAGAACACAAAGCGGUCAAUGUUAUGUUUUUUGCCCAUCAAUCAUUCAAUUAACUACGUUAACGGAUGCAUGUCUGUCACAUUUCGUAAAGCGGACUGGCGAAAUGUCCCAAUCCGCGUAACGUUGGGUAUAUUUACAUUAUAGCCGUACGUUGGGCUGGUGUGAAAACAAAAACUUUUGGUAGAGAGGAGGGUCACAUCGCCCGAUGAUUAGCUGCCUGCAUCCAUGAACCUAGUGGCCAUGGGGAGAACUUACGAACAACCUACGAGUUCCGAUCACCUCUUCUCUACCUCAGUUUUGUGGGUCGAUCUUCAACAUGUAGUAACGGUACUACAGAUCGAUAUGAAACGUCUGUACAGUGACUUGUGUGUGUGUAUUU